AUGGGAAAAGUGUCACUUCAAUUGAUCCAAGUGAUCUGCGCUAUAACAUGGUGUCUUUUCGCGGCAGGACCCAUCUUUGGCUUCGCUGCGUUGAAACCCAUUUUGAUCCAGGAGGGCGUCUACUCCGGACUCUGCACACCAGUUGAUGGAACAGCACUGCUUGCCAAUGCUUCGAAUCUUGUGCCCCUCAAGGAAGGCUCAUUGAAGCCGUGCACAGCGCAAGAUUUAAAGCUAAAUUUCAUGUUUACUUUAGGCGCUGGAACUACCAAUGUUGUUGCACUUUUGGUUGGCUACGUGCUGGAUGUAUAUGGUCCAAGCGUUUGCGUGUUUGCGGGAUCUGGCUUCCUCACUAUGGGAGCACUCAGUCUUGCCUUGAGCUCGAAAAUAUCGUUCUUCGACCCUUACAUUACAGGUUAUGUACUGCUGGCCGUUGGAGGACCGUUCGUGUUCAUCUCAACAUUCCAACUGGCAAACGGGUUCCCCAAUAAGUCUGGAACAAUUUUGGCGUUACUCACAGGGGCUUUCGACUCAUCCUCCGCGCUGUUCUUUAUCUAUCGUCUGAUUUACCAAAACUGGAUGCCUAGCCUAACCUUGAAGAAGUUCUUCACUGGCUAUUUAAUUGUUCCGCUCUUUAUUUUUGUGUGUCAACUCUUUAUCAUGCCUAAAGAGUCUUAUAAGUCAUUGGGGGCAGUUCAGAAACUAGAAAUUGAAGGCUUGGACAUGAAUGGAAACCUUCCAGAAGGUGAAGACGGAUCUCGAAUCAUUCCCGAUGAAACCGAAAGACAGUCUUUGCUUUCUAGUCACUCUAAUGUUCAUCCAGUGCUCUCUAACGACUCUCGUCGCAAAUCUGUGUGGGAGAACUACGUGGAAGCCAAAUUGGAGAAGAAGACAAAGGGUAUUUUUGGUGUAAUGCAUGGAUAUUCUGCCAGUGAACAAAUCAAAAGUCCUUGGUUUGUGCUUAUGCUGGCAUUUGUGAUUAUUUGCAUGCUGAGAAUAAACUACUUCGUUGCAACUGUCAGAUCUCAGGAAGAGUUUUUGCUAGGUAGUCAUAAGUUGGCUUUGAAAGUCAAUUCUAUCUUUGACGUUGCAUUGCCAGUUGGUGGACUUGUAUCUAUUCCUUUUAUUGGACUUGUUUUGGACCAUUGUUCUACUUUGACUGCAAUCAUUUUAGUGUCAUCGAUUUCACUCGUCAUUGGUAUCCUGGGUCUCAUCCCCUCCUUCAGCUUGAACCUCCUCGGAAUUUUUAUGCUUGUCGCAUACAGACCAUUCUAUUACACUGUUGUAUCAGACUACUGUGCCAAGGUGUUUGGCUUCGACACGUUUGGAACUGUUUAUGGCUUGCUGAUGUGCUUAUCCGGUAUCUUCAACCUAGGACAAAGCGUCUUGGAUAGGUCUACUCAUACUACUUUUAACAUGAAUCCCACACCGAUUAAUUCUAUCCUAGUCGCUGUCACGGCUGUCACAUCAACCACGUUGAUUGUCUACGUCUACAAAGAGAGCAAGGCUCGCGAAGAAAGAAUGCAGGUCUUCGAACAAAUGGAGACAACAACUAAAACCACACCUGAAGCUCCGGCAGAAGAAUCUGCCCAAUAUGGUACAUUGAAUGCUAGUUAG